UUGAAUAACCAAUCUCCAACAAUGGUUGCCAUUGAUGAUGGUUUGAAGAAGCUCGAGUACCUUUCCUUGGUUUCCAAGGUCUGUUCAGAGCUGGAAACUCAUUUAGGGUUUGGGGACAAAGUUCUAGCCGAGUUCAUAACUGAAAUGGGAAGAAACUGUGAGAGUGUGGAUGAAUUUGAUGCCAAAUUGAAGGAACACGGUGCCGAGAUGCCUGAUUACUUUGUCCGUACACUGCUCACUAUCAUUCACGCAAUUCUUCCUCCAAAGGCAAAGUCCGAGAACGACUCAAAGAAAGAGAGCACUGCUGAAGGUAGUAAAAGCAAGUUCAAGGCUUUGUCUAUUGCUGAUAACAGGGAUAGGGUAAAGGAUAUCCAGAGGGAAAUUGAGAUGGAGACCAAGGAAAAGCAAAAUGACAGAGAAGAAUGGGGAGAUGAGCGUGAAGAAGAUAGGCCCAGAGGUAGAGGUAGGGAAAGAGAUACAGAUCGAGAAAGAGAAAGAGACAGAGACAGAGACAGAGACAGAGACAGAGACCGAGAUAGGGAUAGGGAUAGGGACAGAAGAGAGAGGGGAAGGGAUAGGUAUGAUAGAGAUGAAAGGGGAAGAGAUAGACAUUAUCAUGAUUAUGAUAAGGGAAGGCAUACAGAUCGUUCCAACAAGCACAGGAGGGAUGAUUAUGUAGAGGAUGGUGAUGUUAGAGAAGACGAUGAUGGUGAUAGGAGAGGAAGUGGAGAUCAGCAGAAUGGACUGCACCAUUCUGAGGAGCCUGAAUUGUAUAAGGUUUAUAAGGGUAGGGUAUCAAAAGUGAUGGACACGGGUUGCUUUGUUCAGUUCAGCGACUUUAGAGGGAAGGAGGGUUUGGUUCAUGUUUCGCAGAUUGCAACUCGGCGAAUUGGAAAUGCUAAAGAUGUGGUGAAGAGGGAUCAAGAGGUCUAUGUUAAGGUGAUUUCAAUAUCUGGUCAAAAGUUGAGCCUUUCAAUGAGAGAUGUUGAUCAGCAUACUGGCCAGGAUUUGCUUCCUCUGAAGAACUCAGAGGAUGAUUCUCUUAGGACAAACCCAUCGAUAUCAAAGGAUGAGGGGCCUGUGACAAGGACGGGUCUCUCUGGGAUUAGGAUUGUGGAAGAGGAUGUUACUGCCCCAUCUCGCCGGCCAUUGAAGAGAAUGAGCUCACCAGAAAAGUGGGAAGCCAAACAGCUGAUUGCCUCGGGUGUUUUGGGUGUCAAAGAGUAUCCCAUGUAUGAUGAAGAAACAGAUGGGAUGCUUUUUGAAGAAGAAGGAGCUGAGGAAGAACUUGAGAUUGAGCUUAAUGAGGAUGAGCCAGCCUUUUUGCAUGGGCAAACCAGGUAUUCAGUAGAUAUGUCACCGGUGAAAAUCUUUAAGAAUCCAGAAGGGUCAUUGAGUCGUGCAGCUGCACUUCAAUCUGCACUCAUUAAGGAGCGUAGAGAAGUGCGUGAGCAGCAGCAAAGAACCAUGUUAGAUUCAAUCCCAAAGGAUCUAAAUCGUCCUUGGGAAGAUCCAAUGCCAGAGACUGGUGAGAGGCAUCUUGCACAGGAACUUAGAGGUGUUGGAUUGUCGGCCUAUGACAUGCCUGAGUGGAAGAAGGAUGCUUUUGGGAAGACUGUCACUUUUGGACAGAGGUCAAAGCUCUCAAUUCAGGAACAGAGGCAGAGCUUGCCUAUCUAUAAGCUGAAGAAAGAAUUGGUUCAGGCAGUGCAUGACAAUCAAGUUCUUGUUGUCAUUGGUGAGACUGGUUCAGGCAAGACAACUCAGGUGACACAGUAUCUUGCAGAAGCUGGUUACACUACAAUGGGUAAGAUUGGGUGUACACAACCACGUAGGGUGGCUGCGAUGUCUGUAGCCAAGAGGGUCGCUGAAGAGUUUGGUUGUCGUCUGGGGGAGGAAGUUGGAUAUGCUAUUCGUUUUGAGGAUUGCACUGGGCCUGAUACUGUAAUCAAGUACAUGACAGAUGGUAUGCUUCUUAGAGAGAUACUGAUUGACGAGAAUCUUUCUCAAUACUCUGUGGUUAUGCUUGAUGAAGCUCAUGAGAGGACAAUCUAUACAGAUGUUCUUUUUGGAUUAUUGAAGAAACUUGUGAAGCGUAGGCCAGACCUUCGUUUGAUUGUCACAUCUGCUACCUUGGAUGCUGAGAAGUUUUCAUCUUAUUUCUUCAACUGUAACAUUUUCACUAUCCCCGGAAGAACUUUUCCUGUAGAGAUACUCUACACCAAGCAGCCAGAAAGUGAUUACCUUGAUGCAUCGUUAAUCACUGUUCUACAAAUUCACUUAACAGAGCCGGAAGGUGACAUCCUUCUCUUCUUGACGGGACAGGAAGAAAUUGAUUUUGCAUGCCAGUCACUUUAUGAGAGGAUGAAGGGUCUUGGUAAAAAUGUGCCUGAGUUGAUUAUCUUACCAGUUUAUAGUGCCCUUCCUAGUGAAAUGCAGUCAAGGAUAUUUGAUCCAGCCCCACCUGGGAAGAGGAAAGUAGUUGUGGCUACUAAUAUAGCCGAGGCAUCACUGACCAUCGAUGGGAUAUUUUAUGUAAUUGACCCUGGAUUUGCAAAGCAAAAUGUUUAUAACCCAAAGCAGGGGCUAGAUUCACUGGUCAUUACCCCAAUUUCACAAGCAUCAGCCAAGCAGCGAGCUGGACGUGCUGGCCGUACUGGGCCUGGGAAAUGUUACCGCCUUUACACUGAGAGUGCUUACCGGAAUGAGAUGUCCCCUACUUCAGUUCCAGAAAUUCAGAGGAUAAAUCUUGGGACUACUACACUUACGAUGAAAGCAAUGGGGAUAAAUGAUCUCUUGUCUUUUGAUUUUAUGGAUCCUCCUUCACCCCAAGCACUCAUUUCUGCUAUGGAACAACUUUACAGUUUAGGAGCGCUAGAUGAAGAGGGUCUUCUGACCAAGUUGGGUAGGAAAAUGGCCGAGUUUCCUCUGGAUCCACCGUUAUCUAAGAUGCUUCUGGCCAGUGUGGACCUUGGAUGUAGUGAUGAGAUCCUGACUAUCAUUUCUAUGAUUCAGACAGGAAAUAUAUUUUACAGGCCUAGGGAAAAGCAAGCCCAGGCUGAUCAGAAGAGAGCCAAGUUUUUCCAGCCAGAGGGAGAUCAUCUGACUUUACUUGCAGUCUAUGAGGCUUGGAAAGCUAAGAACUUUUCAGGGCCUUGGUGUUUUGAGAACUUCGUUCAGUCUCGAUCCCUUAGGAGGGCGCAGGAUGUCAGAAAACAGCUUCUAAGCAUCAUGGAUAAGUAUAAACUGGAUGUUGUGAGUGCUGGAAAGAAUUUUACGAAGAUCAGGAAGGCAAUUACUGCAGGCUUUUUCUUCCAUGGUGCUAGAAAGGACCCACAAGAGGGUUAUAGAACCCUAGUGGAGAAUCAGCCAGUUUAUAUCCAUCCAAGCAGUGCUCUCUUCCAGAGACAACCGGAUUGGGUCAUCUACCAUGAGUUGGUUAUGACUACAAAGGAGUAUAUGCGGGAGGUGACAGUUGUUGACCCCAAAUGGCUUGUGGAACUAGCACCCAGGUUCUUCAAGGUGGCUGAUCCUACCAAGAUGAGUAAGCGCAAGCGUCAAGAACGUAUUGAACCACUAUAUGAUAGAUACCAUGAACCAAACUCCUGGCGUCUUAGCAAACGGCGUGCUUGAUAUGUGUUGGUUGAAGCCUGCUAUCAGCAUCAUCUUGUAUUGAUUUUGCCUGUUGGUGUAAAUGUAAAUAAAUUGUACAACGACUUCAGCAUAUAUCUGUUUCUCAUCCAAUUUGAUGUCAGCGUAGGAAAUUAUAGCUGUGGAGAACUCCUUCUGGCUCUCCAUUUCAUAGACACUUGUUCCUCUACGGAUCUGAUGUAGAGAGAGAAAUGAAGGGCAUUCAGAUUUCAGAAGUUUCUUUCUUCACAUUUGCCAUCUUUGGGAAAGAUUCAGACCCUGCUUUUAACUCAUCAAAAGAAUCUUCCAAAUUGUUUUGCACUAUAUCAGAGUGGAGAUUGAACGAGGUCCCGGAAACUGCAAUUUUAUUCAUCAAAGCUGGCAGAUAGUUCCAAGAUGCUUGAAUGGUGUGAUAUGUCAGUGUAUCUUCCUCCUGAUGGUGUGAGCAUGCACCACUUUUGUUGUGCUCUCAAAGCUUUUGUAAGGUUCCCUGAGCCGAACUCUACAGUGAAGUCUUUUCCUAUCUCUUGAGUCUACUUUGGUUAUAGGAAUAGUAAAUGUGAUUCAAGUUCGCUGAUCUGCUUUAUAUAGCAGUGGAAUCGUGAUUCUUGCAAAAUGCUCUGUUCUUGUGUUACGACUGUUACCUGCUACGACAAGUGGUUCAGUAACUUUAAGAUGUUUGUUUUACCAGGAGGCUUUGGAUUCAUGCAAGUGUUGCUUUUAGUUUUUCACAUUCAAUAUAGGGUAAAAUAUUGUAUAGUUCUUGUGGUUUGAAGUCGACGUAUGUUUAGUCAUUGUGGUUUUAUUUUAAUUUGAAUGGUUUUUAAAGUCACGAUUUUUCAUCUAAAUGGUCAUUCUGCUAAUUUUCUCAAUUAAAUUGUUACAUGGCUUUAACGGCCACAUCAGUAUUCUAACAAA